AUGUCUACAGACGAAAGAUCAUUGAAAAAGGUCUUGUUGUCAGGGGGUAGCGGCUUUGUGGGUGCAGCUAUUGCCAGAGCAAUUGCCGAGAAACAUCCUCAAUGUUCACUUACCAUCAUAGACCUGAACCCUCCUGGGCCUAUGCAUAUUGUUCCGGGGGGAGUUGCCUUCGUUCGGGUCGAUGUCACCAACAAGGAAGAAGUCAGCGAGGCAUUUCAACGGAUCAGACCAGACAUUGUCAUCCACACAGCCGGGAUUGUCCCAGGCGUGAGCGAGCGAUUCAGUCGAAGAUUAGAAAGCCUAACUCGAAAGAUCAAUGUUGAGGGAACUAGGAACAUGCUGGAGGCGGCAAAAAGGAGCGGGGUGAAGGGCUUCGUGUACACAAGCAGCUGCUGCGUCGUGACAGAUUAUCUGGACCUGCCAUUUCCGAAUAUCGAUGAAAGAUGGCCGGCGUCUCCCUCGUCACUGAUAUAUGGCGAAUCAAAGGCUACUGCGGAGGCAUUGGUAAUCGAAGAAUCCGGCGAUGUGAUGGCUACCUGCUCCCUCCGGCCUUCCGUGCUCUGCGGGCCUGGCGACACUUUGCUUGUCCCCUCGAUCCAUGCAUGCAUUGCCAAGAGCGAAACCCCUUUUAUCAUCGGGGAUGGAUUUAACCUAUGGGACGUCACGUAUGUCUCCAACAUUGCAGAUGCCCACGUCUUGGCUGCCGAGAAUUUGAUGUCGUCGAGGACAGCCGCCGGUGAAGUCUUCUUCAUACAGAACAACGAGCCAAUCACUUUCAGGGACUUUUGUCUCGCCGUAUGGUCUCAUUUUGGUCAUAUCCCACCUUUCGAAGUCCAAAUCCCCAAGGCUCUGGCCCACUUUGCCGGUUUGAUGUCCGAAUGUUUGACCUGGGUUUUGGGGACACCUGCUACCCUGAGCCGCGGCAGUGUCAAAGAUGCAUGUUCCGUUCGCUAUGCUAGUGGAGUAAAGGCAAAGACCAUCUUGGGGUACGAAGCUCGUAUUGGACUGGAAGAUGGGAUUCGCUUGAGCUGUGAGGAUUAUGCCCGUCGUCUAGGCAUUAAAUUACCGGCCCAGAAGCAAUCCGAAAAGGAAGAAUGA